GGGAGGUUAACGGAUCAGCUGCGAAGAUGGCGACCAUGUGUGUCAGAAGCCGGUACUUCUUCGUAGGCUGAAAAUUGACUGUUUAUUUGACAUUUUUAACCAUUGAGCAUAUCAUAUCCCGUGUUAACUGUCUACAUUCUAUAAGCAAAAGAUGGAUAAGGAAGAAGGAAAUGCCAAAGAAGGGACUGAUGCCCCAAACCCAGGCACAUCUGGGAACAUGUCUGCUUCAAAGAAAAAGAAAGUUUAUAAUAUGGAGCCACGCACACCUCUGAAGAGGCAAAGAGUGCCUGUAAACAGAUUUCAGUCUCCAGCCACUGAGGAGGUACCCGCAUCUGCCUCCAAAACACCCAAAGGAAGUAAAGAGGAAGCUGUUAUAUUGCAGUACAAGAAAGGAGUGUUCCUGGCUGUUCGGGGUGAUGAAGGAAGCUUCUAUAUGUGUCGUACACAACAAAAUGUGUACAAAACUACAAAGCAUUUUAAGAUUCAGUGGUUGGAUUUGCAUGAACCCCCAAACAUAUACAAGUUUGACUUUUUGGAUGCAACAGAAAUUGAGUGUGUUUUGACAAAUGUCAAAAUGGAAAGAAUUGCAAGGGAGACCUACCGACUUCCACAUUCAGAGCAGACUCGUAUUGAAAACAUUCUUCUUAGAGCCCUGAAGAAAGAAAAGGGAGAACUCGUCGAAGAAGAGGAUAUGCCGGUUGAGGAAUCUGGUGGAGAAGAGGACUUUGCAGAAGAUGACAGUGAGGAAGAAGACUGGGAAGAUGAUGAACCAUCCUCUAAGAAAGCAAAAUACUCCAAGAGUGAAAAGACAAAGGCAGCACCCAAGUCCAGGAAGAGCAUUACAGUUGCUCUUAAAGGAUCUAGUGCAAAGAAAACAAACACUAAAUCAAAGGGAAAGAAAACUGAAAAAGAAAAAGGAAAACGACAAAAGAAAGAGAAGAAGCCAGAGAAGGAAAAGAAGAGGGGGCCAGACAAAAAGCUCAAGCCAAAUCCUAAAGUCAGAAUUGUGGAGAAAGAUCCACUUUUCCAUACAAAAGAUCAUGUUCCAUUCAUCUCCAAGAUAGCCCAUGGCAAGCUGGUGUUCCGUGCAAUCUUCUUGAAUGACAUAGCCCUCCUCAAACAGCUGUUAGAGGAUGACCAGCACAUAUACUCAGUAGGUGCUUCAAAGUCUUUGACAGACAGUUGGACAGCUCUUCACUAUGCCCUGAAAUAUAAUAAUAUUGAAGCUGUCAAAUUAUUGGCCAAUGAUAUUCUAGUACAACCAGACUCGGAAAAUGUCCGCAGAAAGCUACCAAAGCCUCAACAACUGAUAUCUACCAUCAGUACUGGAUCAUACAACCCUAUGUAUCUGGGUAUACGAGCUGUACGGAAACUAACAGUUAGUCGAGGAAGCAAGGAAGGAAAUCAGGCCUUCACCAAGGAAAAAGAUGAAGACAAUUUUUUCAAUGACAUAAUCAGUGAAGCAUUUCAGAUGGGAGUGAACAAAGACACUUUGGAGUCAUUGAUAUUAAGCUGUGGUGACUACAAAGAGGGAUUUAAUGAAGACAAGAUGAACAACAUCGUUUUUGCUGUACUUCGAGGUCACAGAGAUCUGGCAGGGAAGCUCAUGGAAGAUGCUUUGAAUCGUGGAGGGUUUGGUUUUAACUUCUUACAUAAAGAUGUACUGGUUUUCAACAAUGAAGAUUUGAAACCAUUCCAGAGUGCAUCUGUCAGGAAAAAACCGUUUAACAAUGGUGCUAUGACACCACUGCAUUGCGCCUGUAUCAACCCCAACACCAAGUACUUAGAAAAGCUGUUGUCAGUGGAGCCAGAUAUAAACCUGGAGGACAAAAGUGGAAGGAGGCCUAUACACUAUGCCGCUGGCUGUGAAUCCACUGCACCUCUGGAACUUCUCAUUAAAAAAGGAGCUAACCCAAACGAGGUGACAAAGAGAAGAUUCACCCCUCUACACUAUGCCUGCUAUGCAGAGCGACCAAAGAACAUAGACCUGUUGUUGAAAACUGCAGCAGCCAAGAAUGCUGCUGAGGGUGAUGGCGGUGAUCCUAUGAUUGCCAAGUGGGGCAUUGGAGGCAUCAACCGCCCCAACUGGGAGACAGUCUGUCCUAUUCAUAUUGCUGUACAAAGUGGUAAUGCGGAAGUUGUCCGAUCACUUCUGAAACAUGGUGUUGAUGUCAACAAACCGUUGUCAGCUGGCAAAGAAAAACUGUCUCCACUGAUGAUUUCAGCAGGAAAGGGGAAUUUGGAUAUUGCCAGACUGCUUAUACAAGCAGGCGCUGUUGUGGAACAACUUGAUAAAUUCAAGAGAACAGCAUUGACCCAUGCAGUAAUGAAUGGCAGUGUGACUGUAACGUCAUACCUGCUGUAUCUGGGUGCGGACCCCAACCGUGUGGACAGUUCUAACAACUCCCUAGUUCACUACGCCGCUGCCUAUGGCUGGUACUUUGUCCUCAAGAUGCUUGUCAAUGAGGGGGGUGCUGACCCAAAGAAGGCAAAUGACUGGAAGUUGACACCAGUCGGAAUAGCUUUCAUGAAAGCACAUAUGGGCUUGGUUGACUUUCUGCUGAAAAUGCCAGGAGUUGACAUCAACUUUAAAAACGAUUCCGGGAGGACAUUAAUCAGCAUUGCCUGCAGUAGUAGUCUAAACAGUGGCCUGUAUGAUCAGAUUGUGUAUCUGAUGGACAAAGGAUCUGACCCCAGUAUCACCGACAUUGAUGGCAUGAACGCACUACAUCAUUUAGCUGGCAACACUGUGAAGCCAACACAUACCAGUGGCCCAGAUUACCAGAAGAAGUAUGAUGAAAACAUGGAUCUGACAGUGAAGAUUGCUGAACUACUAAUGAAGGCUGGAUGUAAUCCUGCUGUGAAAACAACAAAGAAGCAAACGGCUGUCACACUGGCUAUAGAAAAGGUCAACACAAAGUUGGUGCGUCUUUUGGUAGAUAAAGGUGGUGUCAUUUCUGCUGAGAAAGAUGAGAAUGGCUCAAACGCUCUGCAUCAUCUUGCUCAACAAUGCAUGGGCAAUGAUCUGGCACCGCUGUUGAAAAUCCUGGCACAAGAGAACACAUUAAAUAACAUUAAAGAGAAUGGACUUGAUGAAAAAAUGGAGGUAGACUCUAAUGAAAAUGGAAAUGCUGUGAAAAUGGACAAGGAACCAGAGAUUCCCAAGCUCAAAAAAGUGAUGUCAUUCAGAUCUGGUUUGGAGGGUAUUAAACAGAUGGUGACAGAGGUGGACCAUUCUGGCUACACGCCAUUCCUUCUUGCCUGUUGUACAUACUCUAACUUCACGAAACCAAAUAACAUGAAAGAUUCUGAAGUGCCAAAAGUUUAUCAGAAUGGAUGUAAUUUUAUCAGAACUUUAGUAGAACUGACUGGUUUGGAUGUAUCAGUGACUGUACAGAAGAAAUAUCAGGUCAACAACAUAAAGAAAAAGUCAACAGACGAGAAAACCGAGUACAAUCAAUUUGGAAAGCAGUCAGCUGUUCAUUUCAUGAUCAAUGGGGGAAAGAAUUUUUCGGAAGGUACUGAGUUUGCUGGUCUGCGGAUGAUACUGGAGAAGAAACCUGACCUGGAACUGAAAAACUUGGAUGGGAAAACUGCACUGAGUGUUGCAGUAGAGAAACAAAAGAAACGGGCAGUUGAGAUACUGCUUGCGGCUGGAGCAGACCCUAACACAUCCUUCCCUCUGGACAAGGAGACCACAGUUACAGUCUUGAUCACAGCAGCCAAAUUGGGAAAUCCUGACUUAGUAAAACAGUUGGUCAAGGCAAAGGCACAGGUGGAUUGCCGUAACAGUAAAAAUAAGCAGACUCCUCUUCACUUAAUUGUGGCUAACAGAAAUAACGAGACGAAUACUGUGGACAUAGCUAAGGUCCUGUUGGAAGGUGGUGCUGAAGUAAACUCUGUAGAUGUCAACAAAUGUACACCUUUACACUUGGCUGUUAGUUGCAAUUGUGGCACAUCCAAUGCCAGCACAGAUCUGGAGGAGCUGUUGAUAUCUCGAGGAGCUAAUUUGUUUGCCAAAGAUAUUGAGAACAGAUUGCCAAUCCACUAUACAUUCGUCCAACAAGGGAGGCCCGGUACCAGCUCUCAACUAGAUCCUGUAGAGUUGUGCAGUGUGCUGACCAAGGCGAUGAAGGAUCAGCAGAUUGAUGAGACAGACAAGUACUCUCGGACACCUCUACACUUAGCAGCAAACAGAGGGGCAACUAUUUGUUGUGUUCAUCUCCUCCAGAGGAAAGCUGAAGUGAACCGUAGGGAUAAAGAGGGAAACACACCCCUAUCUCUAGCAGUCAGCAAAGGCCAUGACAGCUGUGCUAUCAUGUUAAUACAGAAGGGUGCCAACGUAGCUGACAAGGUCAUUAUUGUACCACCGGAGAAAAAAGAGGAGGAUAAAGACAAAAAACCAUCCUGGAAAUGGAAACCUGAAAAGAUAAUAGAGAAAGAUGAGACAGAAACCUACACUAUAUUCCAGGAGGCAAUCAAGAAGGAGCUACAGGGAGUAGCACAUAUGGUUCUGGACAACACUACACUAGACAGCAAGGUCAUAGAGGCUGCUCUGCGUGUGAACAGAUAUCAUGUAGCCUUGAGGCUACUGAAGAGGAUAACCACUUUUAGCAGUCUCCAGAUCACCAAUGCCAGUCGCCAAAACCUGCUACAUGUUCUGGCAUUACAUACAGAGCCUAGAUCACAAGUAGAUCUUCAGCUGAAGGUUACCAAAAUGUUAAUUGAGAAGGGUGUUUCUGUCUCUGCGACAGAUGAUUACGGCUGCACGGCUCUCCAUUAUGCUUGUUUGAAACACCAAGCCUUCUGCCUUGGGGAGUUUCUCAUGGAGCAAGACAAGACAUUAGAUCUCAGCAAGAAAGACAAGUUUGGGCGAUCAGUCUUGGCAGCUUUCUUCUGGAAUCAGCAUGAUAUUGCUGUCUCUACUGAAGAGAGCACAAAAUGGUUAAAGAUGUUUUUGUCAAAAGGUGGAAACUUCAACUUGCUGUAUGACUAUCCACUGUCAGAUGUGCCUACAUUUGAUGUAGUCCAGAAUGUAGUUCCAGACUACUUCACUUCUGCCAGCGAGAGAAGAAUUUCACCAGUUGUCUUUUCUAUUCACUUUGCUGACUUUGGAAUGGUGAAGUUCCUUCUUGAUCAUGGUGCAUCCCCCAACUUUCCUGACAGUGACGGUGUCACUCCCCUUAUGCAUGCUGUAAGAUCGAAUGAUCUCUCCAUGGUCAAAUUAUUACUCAACUACUCAUUUGAAUCUGAUGACACCACCACCAAAAAGCCUGCACUGAUGAGAAAAGCUUCCAGGCAGGUGUUUACAAUCAAACCCAUAAACUUUUUAACCAGUGUGGCUGAGGAGGAUGAUGAAGCGGAAGAGGAAGAGGAGGAGGAGGAUGGAGGAGAUGAGGGUGAGGAGGAGGCAGAAGAAGAAGAACAGGAUGGAGGUGAUGAAGGGGAUCAGGAAGAGGAGGAUGACUUUAAUAACGAAGAGGAUGAUGAUGAUGAUCAUGACACAGAUAUAGUUGAUUGGGAUGAGGAUGGAGAAGAUGAGGCCCCAGAACAGUUCCCUUCACUCACACGCAUGGGAUCUAAAAAAGUUUCUUUAAUCAGACAAGGCAGCAGUGUUAACAAAGAGGAAUUCCCCACCAUAGAAAAGACUAGUCCUGUAGACCUGAAUGCAACAGAUCAUCAGGGAUGGACAGUGAUCCAUCAUCUUGUGUGCCCAUUGGACUAUGGUACCUAUGAUGCGGAGGAGAUUCUGUAUGUGUUAUGGAAGGCAGGUGCUGAUGUGUUAAAGAAGGACAAUGCAGGGUUAUCCCCUCUACAACAUUCAUUAAUACAUAGUGCUUCGAAACUUUCUAAACGGCUGCAGAUGAUAGCCGGUGUGGAGGAAAGUAAAAUGGAGAAGCCUACGUUAGUAACACAAGAUGUCAGGGAUAGUCUUCUAUCAGGGGGAACUGCAGUUAAUUAUCAGACAGAUGCUGAAGAAAUGCUCAAAACUCUGGACAGCCAGGCUGCCCAGUCCAUGGACGUGUCCAAAGUAAAAGGAGAUGACAGUGAUGAUGACAGUGAUGAUGACUAUGAUGAUGAAGAGGAUUCUAUUGCAAAACCAGAUCCCAAUUGUCAGAUGAAAGAUAUUGGGGAGUUAGCGAUGGAUGACUCCCUAGGGAUCCUGUAUGAUGUUCUAUUGUCCAAGGUAGAUGUGUCCUGUGGUUCCUGGGGCAUGUUCAACUUUUACAAGAUGCAGAUCGUUUGGCAGAAGGGGGUGGAUGUCUACGUGCUGUUCACCAGGUGGGGUAGAAUAGGAGAUAGGGGUCAGUUUCAGCACACACCAUUCCAGAAGAAAGCUGAAGCUGUUGCAGAGUUUGCGAAAAUCUUUAGGUCCAAAACCGGGAACUCUUGGUCAAAUAUUGAUUCCUUUGAAAAUCAGCCAAAAAAGUACAGACUUGUUCAGAGGGACGACAAGAGACAGAAAGAAUGCAAGAUUGAUUUCAGUCUCAAGUCUGACAUUCCCUCCAAGCUAUCUGAACCUGUCCAACAAUUAUUCAAGGAAAUGACAAGUGUUAGCAUGAUGUUGGCAGCUGUAAACAAGACUGGAGUUUACUCUGAUGUGAUGCCAUUUGGUAAAAUUAAAAGAGAAGCUCUCGUAGAAGGCAGGAAAUUAUUGACCCAACUUGGGGAUUUGAUCAAAGCAGUGGAAGAUCAGCAGAAAUCAGGAAUGAUGACAGUAGAAGACACACAAUCAUACCAAAGCAACUGUGAAAAGAUCUCAAAACUGACUAACGAAUAUUACCAUCUCAUACCACAUCAAGGCUUCACGUUUGAGAAAAUUGCACCAAUAAACAGCUAUAAAUCCCUUAAAGACCACAUGAAGGUGCUUUCUGAUCUCCUUGACCUGGAAUGUGCCAGUAAAAUGCUGUUGGCAGCUCAGUCAAAAUUGUCUCAAAUGAAUCCUCUGGAUUACGUACAUCAGGCUGUUGGUUGUAAAAUUGAGGCCCUCACAGAGGACAGUCCAGAAGCCCAGUACAUCCUCAAAUACAUGUAUGGGACAUGUACAAGUGAAGUACAGGCCGUGUACAAGCUGAGCAGAUCUGGUGAGGAAGAGCGAUUGGCUGGUACAAACUUGGACAACCACAAAUUGUUGUUCCAUGGCAGCUCAACAGCGAACUUCCUCAGCAUUCUACACAGAGGACUACAGGUGUCUCCGCCAGAGGUCCCAUUCACAGGAAACCUGUUUGGGGAGGGAGUAUAUUUUGCUGAUUCCUUCUGCAAGAGCAAGGACUACUGUUACAACACAAACCCUGAAUCCGACACUAAACUUUGUUUAGUUUGUGAGGUUGCCCUGGGCAAAGUACAAGAGAAAACUGCAACCUUCCAAGAUCUAAAAGAUACCGACUUUAACAGCAAGCAUAUCAUUGGAAAGAAAGGUCCCGACCCUGUCUUUGAUGUAGCACUGCCAUAUGGACCUAAAAUUCCACUAGGAAUGCAGAAGAAUAUUCCGACAGAUCAAGAAAGAAGAUGGUCGUAUUGUGAAUACAGUGAAUAUGUCAUCCAAGACCCUUCUCAAAUCUGUCUGCGUUAUCUGGUACAGUUCACGAAGGCAAUGCCUAAGAAAAAUAACUUUUCACCUUUACCUCUCAUGAACUUCACAUAGAGGAGAGGAAAGAACUGUAUAUCACCAUCAAAGACAAAGGCAACCCAGUUGUUUGAGGUGCUGCUACGCUCGUUCAGUACUCCUCUUCAUUCAGAAAUGUGUACUUAACCUGAUGGAUUGCUGUUGGAAUAUUUAGUGCUAAAUCAUGUUUUAACUCCUUACAGACUGAAGGAUUAAGAAGAACAAUUUUAUUAGAUGUAGGGCUAUUCCAGAAAUACAUAAAUUGGGGUGGUGGUGCAGGGGGGUACUUUUUGUGACCAUUACUAACCACAAUCAGGUUCUCCUGGUGUUACUGUACAAAUGGUAACACAGAUUUAGUACCCUUCACCACAUAUUACCAAUCAUAAUAAGUGCCUCACUGCCCAUCAUGUACUCAUAUCUGGAAUUGUUCUUACCAAACGUCAGUGAGGGUCUAAUUCGAGAAAUACAAUACAAUAAAAUAUGUUUAUUACCAGAAUCUGUUUUAUAACAAAGUCUGUAUACAGUAAAUUAUCUGUGGGUUUGGAAGAUUGUCCAUUAUUUUGGUAUUGAUAUAAACAUGUUUUAAUGUAUGCAGAUAAUUGUGUAUGAAUUCUCAGAUGUGCAGCUUCAAAAUAAUAUUGGUAUUACUGGAGAAUGAUUUGAAUAAUGUAUGUAGGUUGUAUAGUGUUUGUGUAAGGGUCCAAAGCCAUGGUAUACUUGUAUCUGUUGGCAGAUGUUCAGUGCAUGUAUAGAUGGAUGAUGCAAACAAGAAUCAAAUUCAUUGUAACAUAUAUAUACAUAUAAGAAAUAUUUAUUGUUGACUAAAUCUAAAAGGAAGAAUUGCAUUUCAUCCUAGAUAUUUUCAAAAAUAAUGCUUGUACCAAACAUACAGAAUAGAACUACAUUGGAAUUCAAUAUCUAAAGAAAAAUCCUUAGAAUGAUUUUAUUUUCAGUUUACAACCUAAUUAGCUAAGAAGACUUUGAACAACUGUUAAAUUGGCCCUUUGUUACUUCAGUAAACUAAAAUUUCUAGCUUGAUAUACACAUGUCUUGUGGGUAUUGUUAUAUCAUUUAAAUUUUCCUUGUUAUUCUAUCACAUUUAUGUUGUUCAAACUGCAUGAACUAGUAUAUUUCUCUUUGAAUAUAUAGCUUUUUGGAAUUAAAUAUAGAAGUUAUCUAAAAUCUGUGAGUGUAAUUUUAUUUCUUUGAUAUACUUAUAAUGUUAUAAGUUAAAAGCAUAACUAUUCUCACAGAUGAGUUUGCAUGUUGUGAUUGUUGUAUCGUCAGGUUAAUGUGUGUUGACUUGAAUAUUUUUAAUGCAAUAGAUAUCUUCUACUCUAUACAAUGGGUUUGCUGGCUAGACCAUUUUCUUGUUAAACAAUUAUAUUUUUUAAAACUUUAUAUGAUUAUUUCUAAGGUUGCAAUUAAUUGAUGUAAGUUUAUUUUAAAGUCUCUGCAAUUUCAAUAAUUAUAUGCAUACAGAAUGUGUAAAAUCUUUGGAGAAGGGUAUUUUUUUUGUGAAAAAUGAAUUGCUUUGGUUUUGAACAUUUUUGUAUUUUACAAAACCACUACUUAACAGCAUUGAAACAAUAAAUAGUAACUCCGAAACUACUUUUAAGAUGAAAUUUUGUAUCAUGAUACAUGUUUCGAGUACCAGAUAUUCCAUGAUGGUACACAGAUUAUGUUCAAACUGAUUUCAUCCUCACCACCAAUAUUAAUUAAUAAUAUCAAAAGUUUGAUUUAUUGAUAGUUAUUACUUCUUAAUACGUGUUUGGAUUAAAUUGUAAGCAUAUUUUGGAUUCCAUAAGUGCUGUGUAAACUUGUUCAGGUUUAAGCUCCAUGAGUGCUGUGAGAAUUGGUAGAUCUAGAAAUAAAUGGAGAUUGUUUUAAAAACAGAUUGGUUUAGAUGUAGAUUUAAGCUCACAUUUCUCAUGUAAGCUAUUGCUUACAUUCUUUAUCUGUUAACAUUUAACACUUAAUUCAUACUUGAGAAUUCUACUUUACUAAUUAAUGGAAAACUUAAUUGAAAUGAUCAGAACAAAGUCCAGACCCAUUCCUGUUAUUUUAAGCCGAUUUGAAAUCCAAUUUGGCUUCCAUGACAGCCAUGAAGAAAGAAGAAUUUUGAAUUUUAAAAAGCAAAAAUUCAAUUUAAUCAUUUUAAUGGAAAUAGUUACUGUAUAGCCCAGAUCAUAAAUUGCCAUUAAAAAGCUGAUUUGAAAUCCAAUAUUGCUACAAAAGCAGAUAUCAUGAAAAUAUAUUUUUUUAAAUCUAAACUGAAAUUCUGUCAAAUCCAGAACAGUUGAAACUAAUAGUGGGAAUGAUAAUGGUCCUGAUCGGUUUGAGCAGAUUUUAAAGUUUGAAUAUCUUUUGUAUUGUCUGAAAGGAUGUCAUCUAGUGAUUGUAGCAUGGGCAGUUUUGUUUUCUGCCAUGAAGGUUUCUGUUCAACGACUAUUGAAUAGAGAAUUAGGUUCUGCACAAUUUCGGGUCCCAUGGGUGGAUCAACCUUGGCUUUCCUACAAUGGUUCAGUAUUGAAAGUGUGAGGGGUUACUCAGAGGUCUGACAGUAACAUGUAUAUUUGAAAACAAAUCUGUUUAAUCACUUGAUAAACAGUACAGGGUUUUGCCAAGCAAUUUUGGCUUGACAAUUCUGCAUACAUAUAGUAAUAUAUUACAGUGUGUACUUGCACAUUUUAAUGCGUGUCCUAUCAUAGGACAAAACUUAGGAAAGUAUGUACAAUAUAUUUCAAGCAUAAUGCUGGUUCUGCAUCUGGAGUAAUAGUGCUACAAGUUCGAGAUAUGUACAUGUAAACUCUGCAUGAUCAUUACUUACCAAAUCAAACGUGACAAUUCAUCUUACAAAAAUAAUAAGCAGUUUAUUAGUAUUCAGUUUUUUCUUACAUCAUCACAAAGGAAGGCCUUGUAUAUUAUGUAUUAAUGGACUAUUGACAUUGUGAAGUUCCAGGCCUCAUUAACCCAAAUAAACACACCAUCAUACUACAUAUUACUUGCAGUUACUGUAAAGUCCUACCAAAAUCAGAUCAGUUUGAUGCGAAUGUUCACAAGCAUGUUUGAUGUGAAGAAGAGAGCAAUUUAAUUGGCUUGGAGCUUGUAGCAUUUAUAAACAAAGUUUGUACUCAGGAACAGAAGUUAAAAAUAGAUCACAUUCAUGUCUCCCCCAUGUGACCUUGACCUUGUAGAUAACAUCAAUUGUUCUGCCCAUAAGCCGAGCUGUAGAUAAUGCCCAAGAUCUUUGUUUAAAUAUUCGUAGUAGCUUUAGCUUCUGUGUUUCAGCUAUAUUUCACUGUGACUGCUUCGGUAUAUGUGAACUGGUAUGUAAACUGCAUUGUUCUGUGCUAAUCUCCAUGUUUUAAGGUAUUUGUCCAGUUUUGCCUUUCAUGUCAUUCAUAUUUCAAUACAAAGACAGGCAAAUAAAGAAAAAGAAAUUGUAAUACUAAAUGGUGAAAUAAUUAGUUCUUCUGGCAUUCAGAUUGAUGUAACUUCAUCUAUCAAAGGACAACAUGCUCUAGAUCUAGUCCAUCACAUUUCCUGACUAAUUGAUUGCCAUAUCUGCCAGGUAUUUAUUCUGGAAACACAUUACAAGUAGUAGGAUGAUCUGUAACUGAACAUUGUAAGUAAGAAUCUAUCAGAUAUGUAUUUUGUAAUAAUGGUAUAAUUAAAAUUGUCACUAAAC